GCACCCGUGUGCACCUGCGGGGUCUCGGAUCCGAUGAGCGUCUUGUCUCGCAUCCCAGGCCGUCCUGGAUUUCUCUCUUUUCCUCAUCACCCUUCAGCACCGCACCGACGACCUUGACGAUUGCCUCACGACAGCCCAGCAGCGUGGCCGUCACUCUGGAUCUCUGGGGGCAGGGAUCAUCGUGGGUGGCGCACACCCCUCCGCUGCAGCCCGCCUGCGAACAGCCAGGCGCCGCAUCGAGCGGGCCACGACGACGGCUUCUGACAACGACGACACCGACGAUACGGUAGCCGCACAGCGGCUCGCGGCCACGACGUAGGUCGGCAGGAUCGCUGUGCAAAGGAUAGGAGGGACGGUUGGCGAUAGGUUUUUGCCACAACGGCAGGCGGCUGCCGCGCGCGAAACACGAUUCAUCCAGCGACGUCCAAAUAUCGACUCGGGCCCUACGCAGCGGCCGGUGCUCUGGCCGCCAGCGGAAGCAUAUCAUGGCCUCGGCAGGCGCAGCGCCGCCAUCGACAUCGGUCCCGGUCGCCUUCGCCCCAGUCAUGGCGCCCGAGAAGCUCUCCGUGACCACAGCCAUCAUCGGCCUCCUCGCCGUGGGUGGCCGCACGAUUGACGCCAUCUGGGAUCUCAACUUGCCGGCUACCAAAGUCACGCCGUACCUCAACCAGGCACUGCAGGAGAUCAAGCAGGCCCGCUCGACGGUCCACAUCCUCUACAAGACAUUUGCGCUCCUCGAGUCGGCGCGGCUGCCCUUCCCACAACGCGGCACGUGGAUCGCCGUCGACGACCUCAUCGCUACCCUCACCGACACCGUCCUCGCCUUCUCUGACCUGCAGACCCUCUGUGCGCAGCUCGAGGCGCAGCGGCAAGGCCUCCUCGUGUCGGAUGCGACCACGCCCUCGUGCAACGCUGGCGAUGCCGACUGUGGCCAGAGGAUAACCGCGCUGUGCGCCCGCAUCCGGUGGCACAACCUGUCCAUGACGAUGAUGAUGACGAUUCUCAAAUGUCCAGGCGAAGCCGAUGCCCAUAACGCCAGGGUGGGGCUCGAGCACCGCAUGACACGCCUGCUCACUUCCAACACCGUUCUCGCCGCUCGUAUGCGCCAGCUCGACGACGUCUUUGACGAAGGCCGCAUCAACAGGGAGUCCCUACCGCACUACUCACCGCCCGCCCACCUUUCGCAAUCAUCUCAGCAGCAUCGACGGCACUCACCUCAGAGGUCGGCCUCCGUGACGACGCCAUCUGGAGCAGUGGACCCCUCGUCGUCGCCCCCGCCGCCCGGGGCCGACGACAUCACGUCCGUGCCCUCAUCUCCCACGCGCACCCGUGUCCAGACUCCCCUCUCCGGCUAUACACUCGCCGGCAUCCCCGUCCUGUCCAUAAUCCCUCUGCCCAUCACCACUAUUGAAAUCUUCGACGGGCCCGAUGUCUACACGUUCGCCUACGCCCGUCGCGUCGGCCGCGAUCUUGGGGAGCUGAUGCAGUGCCAGGCUGGCCAGGGCACAACCCGCUCCCUCGGCGUCGUGCUCGGGCGAUCCGCCACCGGCUCGGAUGCAGCCGGCAGCUUCAGCACUGGCGGCAGCAGCACCUCUACUACCGGUGCCAACAGUAUUGGAGGCUGUGAGCCCGCGGUACUGCUACAGGAGCCAUCCCCACCACCACAGGAAGAUCGGGAUGGCCACUUGCAGCACGAACAGCAGGAACAGCAGCAAGAGGAGUCUCCAGUCAAAAAGAAGAGACUGCGGUUUCGCAAAAUUGUCAACGUUAAACAUCGAUGGCGAGCUUUUUGAACGCUCGCUCAGUCACCGUCGUUUUAUCACAGGUCACACUCAUCAGCACUAUCAAAGUCGACACAAAGCACUCAAGUCGCUGCAGCGCAAGCAUGAAUCACCAUGGCUGCAUGGAACAACGUCAAGGGACCCUUGAUUUGGAAUCAGGCGCAAUUUGGAAAUUGUUACAGACACAUGUAGCAGGGAGAUGGCAUCGUAACUUUUGCGCCUUGUUUAGAGCAUGGGAGGGCGUUGUAUAUACUAUCUUGGACGUACAGCGAUUCCUUAGUACCUUAGCCUUUCAAAUUUAUUCCCACC